UUAAGAUAAUACUAAAACAAAAAACGUGACAAAAAAUCGAGAAAAUGUUUAAACUUACAGACUUAACUCAAUACAGAUUCUCAAUAUUCUCAUAGGUGUAUAAACGUAUUGUUAUAACUUGUAGUAGUUACAGAACACAAUAUGUAUCAUAUUAUUAUAAUGAUUAAUUGAUUUGGGUGAAAUAGAAAAUUAUUUGAAAUGUUCAAGUUUUAAAUUUAUAUAACAUCUAAUAACAGUUCACAAUUAGAAUCGUUUUUAUUUAUUUAUAUUGACAUCAAGAUGAAAUUAUUUUAUAUUAUUUUUGUUUUUAUGAGAAUUUUAUCUUCUAAUGCAGAUUGUGGAUGUAAUACAAAUCGCAUUAAAACAAACACUAAAGAAGAUGUUUGCACAUCUUCAGCAACAGGUCCUUCGGAAACAUUAGAAUCRGAAUUAGAAUCUAUGAUUUUAAUCAAAGGACAGAAUUUUACAAUUGGUACUGAUAAACCAGAAAUUGUAUCUGACGGAGAAUCUCCAUCCCGUACUGUGUACUUAGAUGAUUAUUUUAUUGAUAAAUAUGAAGUAAGCAAUUUAGAAUUCAAAAAAUUUGUUGAAACAAUGGGAUACCAAACAGAGGCAGAAGUAUUYGGAGAUUCGUUUGUAUUUCAAUUAUUUCUCAGUAAAACUACAUUAAAAUCCAUAACACAAGCUGUGAAGGAUGCUCCAUGGUGGGUACCAGUCAAAGGUGCUAAUUGGAAACAUCCUGAAGGGAAAGAUUCUGAUAUCAAUAAUAGAGAAUUACAUCCUGUUGUACACGUUAGCUGGAAUGAUGCCACAGCAUUUUGUAACUGGGCCGGAAAAAGGUUACCAUCUGAAGCUGAAUGGGAAGCUGCUUGCAGGGGUAAUCUCAAAGAUAGACUCUAUCCUUGGGGAAAUAAGUUACUCCCAAGUAACAAACAUAGAGCCAAUAUCUGGCAAGGGGAAUUUCCAUUCAAAAACACUGCUGAUGAUGGUUGGGCAACUACAGCUCCAGUAAAUAUGUUCCCAAAAAAUGGUUAUGGUCUUCAUAACAUGGUAGGAAAUGUAUGGGAAUGGACAAAUGAUUUUUGGAGUGUGRAUCAUGACCAAAGAUUUACAGUAAAUCCAAGCGGUCCUUCAGAAGGAAAAGAAAAGGUUAAAAAAGGUGGGUCAUACUUGUGUCACAAAGAUUAUUGUUAUCGUUAUCGAUGUGCUGCAAGAAGUCAAAAUACACCAGAUAGUUCUGCAUCAAAUCUUGGAUUUAGAUGUGCAAAAGAUAAAUAAUAUUUUUGAAUCUGAUAUAAC